CAUAAUGUGACCAUUAUUAUAAUACACACACGGAUGGCACCACCGGCAAGUCAUCUCACCCACACAGAGAGCUGACCGACUCGGCCAUUUCUCGGCGACGGUGCAGUGCAUCAUGAUCACCAGAGAGACAGCGAGAUAGUGACCCGUCGAUAGGGCGACUAGCUUUCUCAGCUCCUUCAUCAUCUUGAUGCACUCGCUCCGCCACCACACAAUCAGGCUGACGUAAAUGCUGCACAUAUCAUCAGACAGAGAGACCCGCUCGCACUGUCUCGCAGCAGCUGCAGGGCCGCAGCGUCAGUCUCUCCGUGGUUGAUACUGCAACACACACACACACACACGCACGCAACACAAGGACCGGUAGACAAGCAAACAGGGUGCCUCGGUGCUGCUGGUGCGUGCGCUUCCGACCUUGAAGGUCUCGAGCAAAGGCAGCAGCCUGGCAUACACGUACUCCAAGACGCGCAGACUCCUGCACAUACACACACACACACACACACACAUAUAUAUAUAUAUAUGUAUAUAUAUGGCGCCAUGUUGCGCGUCUCUGUCUCUGGAUGACUGCCUCACUUAGCGCCGAGUACGCUGGUUUUGCCCGAGUGGAAUACGGUGACAGUGAUGUUGGCAUCCUUCUGCUGGUCGUCGGGGCCCUUGAUCUCGUCAGGCACCGGCACCAUCACCUGCGCACCUGACACACAAAACACACACACACAGGUACACGGACGGAUGGCUGCUAGUGAGCUGGUCAGCCAGUCACCUGGAGAGCGUUCCAGGUCGUACUUGAUGGGGAAGGUGGUGUCUGCCAGCCCAGCCAGGACAGCAGCAGUCGCAUUCAUUGUGCAUCUAUCUGAUCUGCCAAGGCUGUGAUGGUGUGAGUGAGUGGUUCUUGGUCACCCACCUUUGGUGAGUUUGUUGAUGUUGAUUUCGAAGCCGGUGUAGUAGGUCGCCAUCAGACCGCAGAUCUGUUUGAUCAAACAAGAUCAGUCAGGCAGGCACACGCAUAUGUGCGCACAAACAGGUGUGUGUACCUGGAAGUUGUGGAACUUGACGUCAUAGCCGAGGUGGACCUUGAGCCGGCGGGCAGCACGCCGCAGAUUCAAACGGGCCGCAUCUAUCGACGGCGCACUCGUCAGCUGACACACACGUACACACACACACAUACACGCAAGAACGACAGAAUCUGUCUGUCUGUCGGUCUGGCGAUGUGUCUGGUGCUGUCACUCCCAGACAGACAGACGCCCACCUUCAGUCGCCCAUUCUCGUACAUCUCCACAAUAGAAAAGGGGUCACGAUACUCAACCCUGCACCAAAAAACACAUGUACAAACACACGUGUCAAGAACAAUACGGCUGAGCCCUGCCUGCGUCCAUGGGCCCUCCGUCUGCACCUGACGUGGACCCUGCUGGGGUUGUCGGCCGGGUUGUAGUAGCUGUUGACGAAGCUGAGGGCCACUUUGUCGAGGUCCAGCACACAGCCCGUCAACGCCGCCGCUGACGUGUUGUGCACCAUGAUCUCGCCAACCUGACAGAUCCAGGCAGAUCACAGGCAGGUGAAGGUUGGAGUGCUCUGCCUGCCUUCUCGGUCGACGCGGCAUCGUCCUGGAGGCCAUUGUCACCGAACGCACCUUCUGCCUGCACAACACAACAACACACACAGGGACUGAGUUUUCUGGCGUUUGUCCUGCAGGAGUCUGUUUGCUGACCUUCCCACGCUUGCGCUUUGUCAUCCUUUGCUCUUUUCCCUGGGAAAAAGCGAGCUUAGCAGGAGGUCCAGAGAGGAAUG